UUUCCGCCACAUGGUUUGGACGUAAAUAAAAAAAAGUCGUCUUUCUGUUUAUUCUGGUAUUUCUGCUGUCAAAUGUAUCAGUUUUGAUAAAUAAGCUUGAAGACUUUAAUUUCCUGGUUGUAUAGUUACCCGUGAAUUUUGAAGUCUAACGAGCUGUAACACUGUUGACUGAUUCAUCUGCUCAUAAACCGAUCACACACUGACACAGAAAAUGAUGGAGGACGAGGAGGAUCUUAUAAAUGCUCCUAGCGCCAGCGAGGACGAGGAUGAUGACAAAAGACAUGCGAAGUUGUUGGACGCCAUCUCUGGGCUUGGCGGAAAGAAAGUAAACAAGAGAAGCCAGAGGACAGUGCCGACCAAUCAGGUGUCAGAGUUCAACUUCACAGCGGCCACAGAUGACAGUAAGGUGAAGCUACAUGAGUUGGUGGGGACUCUGAAGACUUCUGCCAAACAUGGUUCUCUCAAGAACCAGCUAAACCGGGUCCAGAACCAGAAAGUUCUGUCAGUUCCCCUACCCAAGCACCAAAAAGAAAAGAUUGAGAGAGAAGUGGCAUACAAAAAUACAAGCAAAGAGGUUUCUAAGUGGGACUCUGUUGUCAAUAGCAACAGACAGGCAGAACAGCUGCAGUUUCCUCUCCAGAAAUCUGAAGUCCACCUACUGAACACAACAGGGAAGUUCAAACAGCUAAAGCCACGCACACCCCUGGAGCUGGAGAUCGCGGCCGUAUUGAGCGGGAAUAGUGAUGUUCUCCCCACUGAGAACAGGGAGCUCACCCCCGCAGAGGAGAGGGCACUGGCAGCCAUGGAUCUAGAGGAGGCUAAAGAGCGUCGAGCAGAACUACAGAAGUUCCGAGCUCUGAUGUCAUACAAAGAAGCGAAGGCUAAAAGACAGAAAAGAAUCAAGAGCAAAAAAUAUCACCGGGUGUUAAAGAAAGAGAAGCUGAAACAUGAGAAGAAGGCUCUAGAGGAGUUAGAGAAGAACGACCCGGCGGCUUACCAGGAGAAAGUGGAGGAUGUGGAGAGGCAGCGCAUAGAGGAGCGAAUGAGUUUGAAACACAGAGGAGGCAGUAAAUAUUCCAAGAAACAAAUGCUGUAUGCCAAGUACGACGACCAGGCCAGGCAGAGAGUCCAAGAUAUGCUGCACACAAGUAGGCAACUAACACAAAAGUCCGUCGCAGUGAGCGACAGUGAAGAUGAUGAAGAGGCGAUGGACUCAGAAGAUGAAAUGAUAGAGAGAGAGUUAUCUUCCCUGUCUUCCAAUCCCUGGAUGAAGGUGGCAGCACAGCCAGUGGCAAAGUCCAAGUUUUCUCGCCCUGAGGUCGUGCUGAACAGUGAAGGAAAAGAGGAGGAGGAAAGUGAAAGUGAGUCUGAUGAAGAUGAAGAUGUGCUGAUGAAGAUGGGGAGGGAACUAGAGAAGAGACAAAAGAAACCUGUACAUGCUCAUCUUGUGGAGGAAGAAAUGGAAAAAAACAUUCAAAAGCCAGAAAAUCAAAGGCAGGAAAAGGAAAAGUCAGUUAAAGCUUCGGGGGAAGAUGUCAAAAACUCACAAAAUAAAAAAAAUAAAACACAGAAAACGAAAAAGGCAGCUCCAAAAGUGGAAGAAAACAUUGAUGAGAUCUUCCAAAAGCUGGAAGAUAAAGCUCCCGAUGACAGGAAGAAAAUGGAGGAAGAUGUGAAGAGAGAUUCUGAAAAUAAGAAAAAAAAGAAAAGGCGAAGGGGGAAAAAGAAGAUGGAAGACCAGGAUGAUGAAGCAGAGAAGGCAGAGGACAUGAAUGAUGCUCCUUUAAUCAGUGAAGGAUUGAAAAGGAAGAAAACCCUUGAUGAUCUGGAGGAAGAUGAAGAAGAAGAAGAAGAGUCUAUUUCUGGCAGAUCUUCCAUGAUGGCAAAGAGAGAGACUGAAAUAACAAACAAUGGUUCAUUUACUGAGGACAGUCCAAAUACCAAAGAAGAAGUGUUUGUGGACCCCAAAAAACUCUUCACUCUGGAGACAAAGAUAUCGGACAUUGCUAACCCUGAGGUCACAGGCAGAGAUGGGGAGGAGGAGGAGUCUGACGGAGAAGAGGCCCAGCGCUCUAUCAUCGCUCAGGCCUUCGCUGACGAUGAUGUCAUCGACGAAUUUGUGAAGGAGAAGAAUGCAAUCGUGGAUAGGGACAAGCCGACAGACAUUGACCUUUUUCUGCCAGGCUGGGGGGCGUGGGGAGGGGAGAGUGUGAAGGUGUCCAAGAAGAAACGCAAGAAGUUCAUAAUUAAAGCCCCGGAGGGUCCCCCGCGCAAGGACAAACGCCUUGGUAACGUGAUCAUCAGUGAGAAAAAGGACAAGGCCAUCAGUAAACAUCAGGUCAAUGAUCUCCCUUUUCCGUACGUGACGGUGGAGCAGUACGAGCAGGCUAUCCGCGCUCCGAUCGGAAAGACCUGGAACCCGGAGACAGCUGUGAAGGAACUGGUUAAACCAAAAAUCGUCACCAAGCUCGGAGGAAUCAUCCAACCAAUCAGCAAGGCUGACGGUCCGGAGGUUCUUCGUCAGGUUUUCUUAGAACGUGGGUGGAUUGAGUUUGAUGAGGAUUUGCAGGAAGAUUACGACUGGAAUAUUUGGUGGAGAACAUCAAGGUUCCGUAACUGCGAUUACGACAGUAUCCAAAAAUGGCAGAGGUUAAAUCACUAUCCAAAAUCUACGGGUAUUACAAAGAAGGAUUGCCUGGCGCGGAACUUGAAGCGAAUGAAAGGUGUCCACGGGGCUGGGGUGUACAACUUCUGUCCAAUGACGUUUAAUCUUCCAAAUGAUUACACCCGAUUUGUCGCAGAGUACAGCAAGCUGAAACAAAAACAAGGCGAAAACAAAACAAUGUACUGGAUUUGUAAGCCGGCUGACAUGUCAAGAGGAAGGGGCAUCUUCAUCUUCAGUGAUAUGUCGGAUCUUCAAUAUGACUGCAAUGCUGUUCUCCAGAGGUACAUUUCUAAUCCUCUUUUGAUUGGAGGGUAUAAAUUUGAUGUUCGAAUCUAUGUAGCUGUACCAUCAUUUCAUCCCCUGACAGUUUAUAUAUACGAAGAAGGAAUCGCUAGAUUUGGAACUGAAAAAUUUGAUCUUUCUUCUUUAAAGAAUGUUUUCUCCCAUCUCACUAACACAUCUAUAAAUAAACAUAGUCCGGCUUAUACGACUGAUAAGGAACGAAUCGGACCGGGCUGCAAGUGGACACUGACCCAGUUACGGUAUUACUUCCAUCAAAAUAACAUUGACGACAGCGUGCUGUGGAUCCGGGUCAUGAACCUCAUUAUUCUGACCGUCCUAGUCCAGGCUCCUCAAGUCCCUAAGAUGGAGAACUGUUUUGAGCUGUAUGGAUUCGACGUCCUGAUUGAUGAGAAUCUGAAGCCAUGGCUGCUGGAGGUCAAUUUCAGUCCUUCACUGAGCUCAGAUUGUCAGACAGAUAUAUUAGUCAAAAAGCCUCUGCUUCAUGAUCUGAUGGAUCUCAUGCAUUUCAAAGACCAAGACAAGGAAAGAGGGGGUGAUGUGUACAGGCAGUUGACCAAUCGAUCCAAGGCCCUGGAGACGGAUCGGUACUCCUCUGUCAGCCGAACUGGAAGAAGUUCCGCCAUCAACAGAAGUUCAUCCAAUUUCCAGAAAAGUCUCAGUGCUCUCAGCAAGCAACAGUCCACAGUCAAAGAGAGUACGUCCUACAUCGAACAAGACAACGAAGUGGAGAAGAAGAAAGAGGCAGAAAAGAUGUGCUAUGGGUUGCCAUUGGUCAAUCCUGCAGACGAUGACAAGCGGCCAGAUAGUGCGAGUUCUGGUGUGUCCAGUGCCGGGAGUGAGAAGUUGGAUGAAGUCACAGCGGAGCACAAGCCGAUUAUCCACAAGAGUGCCAGCGCUGGUCAGUUGACACGAGAAAAAAGCCGAACAUCUGUGACAUUCAGUAUAGGUCCGCCUAGCUCUAGGUCCAUCGUAAAAGCUCCUAGUCUGACGGACAUGAAUAACAAUCAGCCCACUAGUCAAUCUGUGAUCCACACGACCAUCGGUCCGGUUCAGACCGUGUUUGUACGCAGGUCCAGUACUCUGUCCUCAAAUUCCAAAUCUCAUAAGGCUGAGAAGGGAUCCUUAAAGAGUUGUGCUACCUCCGACAGUGCAAUAUCCAGUCUCUACUCGGGAUCAGGGAGCGAGAACUCGGAUCUUGUGUCGCUUCCCGAGGAGUCUCGAAGACGGUCCAGUAAUCUUGUCACUGGACAACGAAGGCCCAGUUACACAUAUGGUCAGACCAGUGACAACACAUCAAACCUCAAGAAUAGCAGUGACCAACCAAAGAGCUCCUUAACUAAAUCCUCAUCAUCUAGUCAACUAUCAUCAAAAAUCAAAUCUCUCAGACCUAGUGGAAACUCUAGUGCUUUGAGGAAAAUUUCCUCCUCUGGAACAGUGACCCCAAAGCCAAAUUUGUACCCCCAGAGGGCAGCAAGUCGAGCCCAGCAGAUGAACUACGAAGCUCCAUCAUCACAACGAGAAGUUCGUUCCUUGUCCCACCAAAGCAAUACACAACGAAGCCAGCCCAGGCGCUUCACGCCAGCCAACGAAUCUCAGGCACCCUUUACAAAGGUCUCGUUACGGAAAUCUCAGGGCAGUAGGUUGGGUGAUCAGGAGGGUGCUCACCCAACUCGACGAAGCAUCAAUGGAUCUCGCAUGAACAUUCGUAAUCGAGCUCAACUCAACAGCCAGCAGGGAAAGUCAAAGGUCAAAGGUCCUCCGUCAAGGGUCGGUAGUUUCUACCUUGCUUUUCCUUUUAGUGAGGUCUCCUACAAGACGGCCAAUGGAUCGCUAGAUGCCCAUGUAGUUAUUCGAGAGUCGCAGAAGAAUUUGCGAGAAGUUCUUCAUAACAUUGACAAGAGUAAGGGAGAGAAGAAGACGGGCGGCUUCCUUCCGUUUGGUGCCAAAGAAGACGUCGAUGGAGAGAGACUAUGGCCGCCCGUCAAGCCUCCUCCGGAAGUCACAUGACCAUAGAGCAUUGGAUUUUUUUGUUGGAGAAAAAUGUUUCAUUCGAGAUCUGGAUGAGCCAAUGGAGUCUGGCCAAAACCCCAAAUCUCAGCACAGACCACAGAUGAUGAGGAAAACCCAAAACUACCAUAUCUUUCUUAUAGUACCCAGUGUAAAAUUUUAUGUUGAGUUCAUUAAUAUAGAAAUUGCUCCAUUUAUGUUUGAAAAAUCAAUCCCAGAUUUCUAUGGUUUGUUCCUUUUGUAAUUAUGUAAAAUUAAACAAAAAAUCAUUUAAAAAAAUUAAAAUUGUGCAUUUUGAAAUUUUAAAAGAGUAAAAGAAAAAUUUUUUUUUUUGAAAAUUCAUAUUGUGACAGCAUUUAUCAUGUUACUGCCUCGUGUAUUUUCCUCCAAAAGAACUAAAAACACACAAUUUAUUGGGUCAUUAAGACACUUUUGAAGUUUUGAUGAAGAUUACUAUUUUCAUGGUGUACAAGUUAUCCCCCAUUUUAGGCAUUUAUACACCUCAAUUAUUAAUUUUAAUACCAAGACAGCAUGGCCAUUUUGUUUUUCGUACUCCAUGUUUUGUUGCAGUGUUGCA